AUGUCUGAUCUUUACGCAUCCUUGCAAGUGUUCCCAAGAAAGAAACGGUACCUUCCGGAGCUUGAUGAUAGUAACACUCUCACUCCGAAGAAAAUGAGGACUGCGCCUCCAACACCUCCUCCUACGAAGUCUCGGUCCAAAAGUGAAAACCAAAAGCAGCCCUUGCCCAGACCGCUUACGCGACUCCACAACCUACAUACAGCCUUACAACAUGCUCUCUCACAUGCUCUAGCGACUUGUGCUAUCUCGCCAACUGCCGACUCUUCCAUCGUCAGAAAUGUUCUAAAUCAUAUUUCUCUCACUACCUACUCAGGCUUUUCUACAUCUUUCGAGCUCGAUGAUCUGAAGCGACUUUGCUGGUUGUGGGAAUGGGAUGGCUACUCUCUGGAAGGAACACAGAAGAAGGAGGAAGAAGAUAACCCUUUCUUGGAAUCUUAUUCUAAUACACCAACCUCGGAUUGGACUCGAGGCUCAAUGGGUCUUAUAAUCAGCCCAGCGACUCAUUAUUCCAAAGUCGACCGUAAACGAGUACCUGCCUAUGGAAUUGGCAUCGAGGUUGAAAUGGAUAUUGAUAAGGACAUGGAAAGUGGCAUGGCCGCUGUCGCGCGCUGGACUGCAGGCUCCGAUAAAAGACGGUCCGAAUUUCUUACAAAGCUCGAACGUUGGGUCGAAAUUCACAAAGACGGUUCCUCGAUUCCAAAUGUUCCAUUAGCUGCCAUUCCUGAGCUUUCAGCCUCGAAAGUCUCUGCUUUAACUCGGACCUUGGCGUCCUGUUCGCCGUCUGCAGCUUCUUCCAUCAAGUUACCCGGUCCCCCUUCAUCCCCUUCCCGGUCCCCGACGAAGCGAUCAGCUCGUGAAUUUGCUAUAUCGUUUCCCGGUGAUCUUUCUUCAACAUCACCCAGAAAGAAGAGCACCGUUUUAUUCCCUCAGACCCCUUCGCGCCACCAACGGGUAGCAGGCCCUCCAGACACCCCGUCAUCGGCAGCUUCUUCCCCAUCCAAAGACUCAUCUAUUCCCUCUACCCCAGUCCAUCAACGGAUUUCCAACGAUACCCCAGUGCAGACACCAACAAGUUCGCGCAGACAGGCCUUGUAUGAACGAGUUCGCCAAAGAUCAUUGUCUAGCUCACCGACAAAGGUGCAGCGUCACUCGAUCCUUGUCUCUCCAACGAAGAUGACAAGAGAUCAGCUUUUGAAGCUCAGUCAGGACCAAAUGAGGCGUCGGUGCCUACUCGGUCGAUUAGGAGGUGUAGCGGAGAGCAUUUGGAUGCUUUUCUCACAUCCUUCUGGGAGCGGUUCUUCGACCCCUUCGCGCAAACGUCGUUCUCUACCUCUGACCGACGUCGUUACUGCGGUCAUUAAAUCUUCUCCAGUCCCGAUAUCAUCAGCAGAAGCAAAUGAAUCCAUCCUCAUGUUAGUGAAGCUAUGCCCGUUCUUCCUAAAGAAGAUAGAUAUAUCUGGCCAGGACUGGUUGGAAAUGCCGGCUAGCAGUCCCAGCACGACAACCCCCCUGGUGGAGGGAUCCCCUACGAAAGCCAGGCCUACAGGAUCUUCUAGUCCGGGAAAGCAUAAAGGAAAGGAGGAAAGUGCGCAAGAACUUGUCACUCGUAGUCCAAGAAGGGUAAAGAAGGAGGUCGGAGGCUUGCGUGAAGUUCGUGAGAUCAUUCGUCGAGAACUGGAACUCGAGGACUAA